CAUCAACAAUCGUCCAUGAUCAGACUGGGACAAGUGUCAGUGUGGUCCAGCCGCUGAGCCUCGUCCUCUCCGGCGCUACGCACAUUUGUUAGUUUUAUUAUCAAUAAACAGUGUGUCUGAACUUCGCGGACAUGUCGUUGUUGACUAAGAUAUUCGGGGCAGGAGGAAAAGGAGGAAAGGGACCGAGCCCGCAGGAGGCGAUCCAGAAGCUCCGAGAGACGGAGGAGAUGCUAACGAAGAAGCAGGAAUUCCUGGAGAAGAAGAUCGAGCAGGAGCUGCAGAUCGCCAAGAAGAACGGCACGAAAAACAAACGAGCGGCCCUGCAGGCUUUGAAAAAGAAGAAGAGGUACGAGAAGCAGCUCGCUCAGAUCGACGGCACACUGUCGACCAUCGAGUUCCAGAGGGAGGCUCUGGAGAACGCCAACACCAACACUGAAGUGCUCAAGAACAUGGGCUUCGCUGCAAAGGCUAUCAAGUCUGCCCAUGAAAACAUGGACAUUGACAAAGUGGACGACCUGAUACAGAACAUCACGGAGCAGCAGGAGCUGGCCCAGGAAAUAUCCGACACCAUCUCUAAACCUGUCGGCUUCGGGGAGGAGUUUGAUGAGGAUGAACUGCUGGCGGAGCUGGAUGAGCUGGCACAGGAGCAGCUGGACAAUAACCUGCUGGACAUCGGAGGAGCAGAGAACAUCCGUCUCCCAAACGUGCCUUCUACUUCAUUACCUUCCAGACCUGCCAAGAAAGAGGAGGACAAGGACGAACUUGAGGACCUGCAGCGCUGGGCGAUGGAAGCCAUGUAAACGCAGCACCUGCCACAUCAUACUUGCAUCAGAGAGGAAAGAUGAAAGAACAAUGGGGAAAUGAAUGGACUGAUAGGAUGUUGUGAUGAGUGUUCUUCGUGUGUCUGCAGAGAGAUAGCGUCUAUUUUAUGUAACACUAAGAAAAGAAAAGCAAAUAAUGCUGUAGUGUCUCUUUUUCCAUCCCCUGCACUCCUGUUAAAUGAAUAUGAGCCACUCGGCAGCUUUUAUAUUGAAGCUCUGUCACUUUACCAUGGCAAUUUCCAUGCCCUUGAUUUCAAUACAACACUAGCAUUUCCUGGUCCUUGCAGUGGGUAAGGCAUUUCAACACCUUCCGAGCUCAUAUUGAAGUGUGCUAUUAUUCUUCUGAGCUCAGUGGUGAAGUAAUGGAGCUGUUGGUGUGGCGUUGUGAACGUCACUGGAUGACGGGGGGGAAUUUGAAUGAAGAUUAAUCUUCAUUUAUCUGUGUCUGACUCACAUAUUUACCUGUGUUUGUGGGGUAAAAUCCACUUGAUAUUUUAUUAAUUUUUUCCUUAUUGACAAAAAUAAUUUAACUCCCUGUUGUUUUGUCUUAAUUUAUUUGUUAAUUGCACUGAAAAAAGGAGAGCAGCUGAGCAUGCGCUGGGAGAAGAAGCUAGAGGCUGUGUGUGUUUACCAGAAUCUGAAACUCUUCUUUUGUGUUAGGUUGUGUGCUUUGCCCUCCCCUUCUUACUUUUGUUGUCAUUUCAAUGCCCCCACCCCACAGAGACAUUCUCACCAAUGGUCCUUGUUAUUUGUUGUAAAUAUCCCAAAUGUAUCUCUUUUUAUAUACUGUAUUUUUGCUGUCACCAAGAGGUUCUGUUGAGGUUGUGUAAACUGAAGCAUGCAACGGUGGGAAGUCACAACACACGUCACAAUGCAAAGCUAGAGAGAGAUGUUGAACCUAAAGCAUCCUGCUCCAUCUGUCUCUGUCAUCUCAUAAAGGUUUCUAUUUCAAAUUGUAUAAUGUAAACAAUAAUAUUAAUAAUAAUAAUAAUGAUACAAUGUCUACAACAUCAGCAUUUUGGAGUUGAAAGAGUUAAUUCCUUUAGUUUUUCAAACUCAUGAUGUACAUUUUUUACAUAAGAAAAUUUGAAAAACAUAACAAUGAAGGAUGAAGACGCAUGUUUGCAUUUCACUGUUCAUUUAUCCAGAUGAUUUCGAAAAUCAUUAAAAGUUUUCAAAUUA